GGUUUGUUUCGUGGUUUGUAAGUUCAUCGUUCAUUCUCUCUGCUUCUGUUCUCUUCUACGCAUUCCUUUGCAUAAAAUACAUAAAAUUAAAAAAAUAUAAAUAAGUAAAUGCAAGGUGGAGGAGGGGAAGAGGUGAGCAUAGAAGAGCUGGCCUCAAAUCUCGCUACCUACAAGGAUCAGCUUCUUCAGGUCAGACAGAUAUUGGUUGAUGAUCCUGGAAAUUCCGAAUAUGUGGACAUGGAAAGGGAGCUUAAAGAGGAAUCAAGAUGUUGCUCAGUGAAGCAACAUCAGUUAUUCUAAUGGCACAUCUGGAGGUGUAUUUUCGUAUCAGGACUGAAAAAGGUGUGCAUGUGUCGUGAUGGCCUUCCUGCUCUCUCCCUCUCUCCUGAUUUCAGAUGUUCACUGAGAUUCUAAGUUUGAAUACUGACAUUAAUUUUCCCAAUGUUGUUACUGAAUAGAUGUGCAUGUGUAUUUUUUUUCUUUGAGCUGGGGCUAAAGUUGUUCGGAUGCAGGUGAUUGCUUUGACAGAAGAGCUCCUUGCAACUGCAAAGCAAAAUGAUAUUUCUGGAUCAAAUACUGGGAGAAGUGGUAGGACAUCCCCAAAUAUACUCCUGUCUGAGAAUAAUAACAUGGACUCAAGAAGCAUUUUUUAUAAUCACGAAAAUUUUCCAAUUGGCACAAAAGUUCAAGCUGUUUGGAGUGAAGAUGGGGAGUGGUAUGAAGCAAUGAUUGAGGCACAUACUCCGAAUGGCUAUUAUGUUUGUUAUGAUGGAUGGGGGAAUAAAGAAGAGGUGGAUCCUGCUAAUGUAAGACCAAUUCAAGAGGGGGUCAUCAAUGCUUUGACUGAAGCUGAGAGAGCAGCUGAAGCUACCAAACAAGCUAUCAAGCGUAAGAUUGCACUGGCUGCUGCCACGGACUUCCAGUCACGGAGUUUACCAGCAAAGCUUCAUAUAGAUCCUGAUGACCCAGAGGACGUGAAAGCUGCGAAGCGUAAGAAGAUACAUGCUUUUAAGUCAAAGAUGCGGUUUGAGCAACUUGAAGUCACACAGAAUAAGCGGCAGAAUGCUUGGCAGCAGUUCCAGUCCACCAAAGGCAAGACUAAGAAGAUUGGUUUCUUUUCGGGUCGCAAACGGGAAAGUAUCUUCAAGUCUCCUGAAGACCCACAAGGUAAGGUUGGUGUUACUGGAAGCGGAAAGGGUUUAACAGAGUUCCAAAAGAGGGAAAAGCAUUUGCAUCUCAAGGGAGCGACCGUUGAGACUGAUGAUUAGCUUAGAUUUCCCAUUUCCUCACUCUGCUUAAUCGAACUCCUAAUCAAAACUAUGGAGUCUUAUAACAGGAUGUACGACUCACUGAUCGUUCAUGGAGAUAAGCUUUUCAUCGUUUUUAAUUAAUUAAAGCUUUUAGCACGAGACGAAUGUGCACUUUCUCA